GUUAACCAAGCUUUGGUUCUGUCUUUCUUUAAAAGUGUGAAGGAAGAAGUGUUCUGGAGGAACUACUUUUACCGCGUCUCCCUGAUUAAGCAGUCAGCCCAGCUCACAGCCCUGGCUGCACAACAGCAGGCCGCAGGGAAGGAGGAGAAGAGCAAUGGCAGAGAGCAGGAUUUGCCACUGACAGAGGCAGUACGGCCCAAAACGCCACCCGUUGUAAUCAAAUCUCAGCUUAAAACUCAAGAGGAUGAGGAAGACAUUUCUACUAGCCCAGGUGUUUCUGAGUUUGUCAGUGAUGCCUUCGAUGCCUGUAACCUAAAUCAGGAAGAUCUGAGGAAAGAAAUGGAGCAACUAGUGCUUGACAAAAAGCAAGAGGAGACAGCCAUACUGGAAGGUAAAAAACAAAACAAAUCAAAACAAAGAAACCAUUCGCCUCCCUAAUUCCAAAGCUGAUUGUAGAAAAUUGUUAUUCUGAAGCCAGUGUACAAAAAUAUGUUGUAAAUUUUGCAUCAAAAUUGAUUCUUGCCGGGCGCAGUGGCUC